AUGCGCGAGAUCUGUGUGCUUAUGCAGCGUGCUGAGGUCACAGGCAGAGCAGGCGCGAGCCCUCCACACCCUCCUCGCCUUGAGGGAUUGUGGGUAAGAGCGCAGAGCGAGUCAGACCCCAGAACCGCUGAGGACUCAGAUCUUUUUUCACAGCGGAGAACUUCCAGCCCAUCAAAACAGCCGCCUCGCCGAUCAUCUCAGUGUGUAAUGAAGAUCGUGAUGGCGUGCUCACCCCGGGAACCAGCUGUGCAGUGUGGAGGGCCUCCCGAUCAGGUUAAGGUUGCUGGCCUUGUAGACAGUCAGAGUCUCGUGGACGUAGCCAUGAGGAUUCACUACGGCGAAGGUGCGGUCGCGGCUAACCAGGUUGCGGAACAUGCUGACCUCCUGUGGUCUAAAGAGCUGCAGCGGCAGUGUCUGCCCCGGGAUCAGGAUGAGUGUGGCGUGAGGGAGGACGGGGAUACUCUGUACGCUGUCGUCGUCGUGAAGAGUGCGCCCGUGGAACUCUUCCAUCCAUGGCCGUGUGUUUACACCAUGAUUACUGCCCCCAAACACAAGCAGCCUGAGAGCAGGCGCGGAGAAGAAGCGCAGAAAGCCGGCGCGCCCUCUGCUGUCCGGAGGAGGAACUACAGCGCGCGGUUCCCAGGAGUUCCUCGCUCUGCAUCUCAGAAAGAGAUCAAGAAAGCCUUUCACCAGCUCGCUCGAAAGCUCCACCCAGACAGGAACCGCAGCCCAGAUGCUCAACACGACUUUACACAGCUUGCACAAGCCUACGAAGUGCUGUCUGACCAAAACAGGCGGCGAACCUAUGACCAAAACAGCGAACAAGAUUUUCGUAGUGACCGGCAUGGUUUUUAUGGUAACGGGGAUUUCUUGGACUUGGGUCUGCUUGAGCUGUUAAAUCUGCUGCGAAUGGAGGAUGAGUUUCUAAGGGAUGAAGAUGCAGGUCUGGGUCAGGGGUGGAGCUCUUCUCUAUGGGAUGAAGGCCAGGGUGAUGAGCAUGAUGAUCUUUUCAGCGAUAUCUUCAGUAUGCUGUAAAGUCAGAGAGAUUUUUUAAAUGCAGAGAUUGUGUUUUAAUUAAACAUUAAAUAAAGAGCAUGUUUUAAAAGCA